UGUACGCAGAAAAUCGUACGAGUGUUUUGUGUGUGCCGUUCAGCAGCAAGCAUAAAAUCGUGUGUAUUUUACGCCGAUUGUGAAAUCCGUUACAAAUACGGACCGUUUCGACCGCCAAUCAGUGUCCCCCGAGCAGCAGCUGGGAUGGCUUCCCAAUCAUCAAUCGGUAACUACGAUUACGAGUGCACCCGCAAGUGCCACCUGCCGCACCAUGGCAAUGCAAUCACGGCGGCCCUGACGAAGAAAUCCGUCUCGGACGAACUGCUGGCCACGUACGUGGCCAAGCUCUGCCGGAAUUUCGCCGAAAUACUGGACGAUCAGGGAAGAAGUGCCCUCCAUCUAGCGGCUUCGGUGGGACGGUAUGCCAUUGCCGAAUGGUUGCUUAACAAUGGGGCCAGCUUUGCCAUAAAGGAUGGUGAAUCCGGUCACACAGCUCUACAUCGAGCGAUGUACUACGGCUGCGUGGGGGUGGCCGUGCUUUUGCUCAAAUAUGGAGCCGUCAUUGAUGUUCCUGAUGAAGAUUUUGUCAAUCCGCUGCAGCUCUGCAGCAACAUACCCAAACACAAGGACAGUGGCAUCGGCAAUGAGAUCGUUGUUUGGGGCAAGAACAAGAACUACAACCUCGGAAUCGGAAAUGUCGAAGGCAGGGACACGCCGGAUAGCAUCGAUUACUUCCGUAAGCAUCGGAUUCCGAUCGAGAAGAUGUCGAUCAACGCCUAUCACAGCGUGUUCCUGACCAAAAGCGGCGAUGUGUACGCUACGGGACACGGUCGAGGAGGACGGCUGGGAAACGGUGCCGAGAAUACGGUGGCGUUCCCAAUCCGGAUACCGGUGCACACAAAAAGCGCUGACGAACGGAUAGUCGACGUUAGCACCGGAAGGCAUCACACGCUGUUGCUUUCUGAUCACAAUUGUAUUUACUCCUGCGGAGAGAACAACCACUGCCAGUUAGGAAUUAAGCCACCCCCGGAGAAGCAGCUGGUAUUCAAAGAAAUCGGAGGACUGCACAAUUUUGCAGAUAAGCGAAUCAAGCGAAUAAUAGCCAAAGACUUCCACUCGAUCGCGAUUUGCGAAGCGGACGUGUUCGUGUGGGGUCUGAACGGGGGCCAAUUUGGCAUGAAGAAAGAGGUAAACCCGGUGAUGCUUCCUAAGCCACUUCCGCUGGAAAUCGAACAGGGCAAGGACAAACUGGCAGUGGCCAACGUGGACACCACGAUCAAGCUAGUCGAAUCGAGCAAUGCAGCAAUUGUAGUUUAUACUAAGUCCAGUUACUUGUAUAUAUUCAAUAAUUUUAAGCGUAGGACCUACAAAAAUCCCCUGAUGGAAAAGUUCGAGUGCAUUUCCGUGUCCGGUGGGGAAUUUGUCACCAAGAAGGAAGACCUUCCGAAACAGACGAAGCAGCUGAGGAUUUUGGCGUUCACGGUUUCGAGAAAUAUUUACAUCUGGUACGAGGAUUGUCAGCAGUUUGUGAGAUGCGUUUUUGCCCAGUCGAGGAACUUGGAAAUCGAGAAGAUCCUGUGGUGCAACAACAACGCCCUGGUGCUGCUGCUGGGGAAUCUGUACUACGGAACCAUAACGCACAAACUGAACGCACAUGCAGUUACGCAGAUCAGCGAGUACACGGAGACGUACGCGAAGAAGGAGAUGAGCACCACUACCAAGACCAGGAUCGAGCUGAAGCGGAUAAAGAACUUGAACAAUGUGACCGAUUUUGUGUGCGACGAUGACGGGGAGAAUUUGGCGGCUUUGCUGGAAAACUCCCGCCGCUGUUUCCAAGUGCCAGAACUGCUGGAAUCCAACUAUGACUUCGGCAAACUGUUAGCCGAAGCACAUGAAAUGGAUGGUGUUCACGAUUUGAGCUUCGUCGUAGAUUAUCAAACCUUCCCGGCGCACAGAUUCAUCAUCUACCAUCGCUGUCGGCAUUUGCGCAAAUUGGCCGAGAAGCACCCCACCGAAAAGGAGAUCUCCCUCAAGGGAUACGAAGGCCUGACGGCGUCCAUUUUUGGCCUGGUGCUCAGGUAUAUUUAUACCAACGAAGUGCUUUCGAGGGGAGAUGUGGAAACGUUAGUUCGGCAAUUGCACCCAGGUGGCGCUGUAGACAAGGUGGGUAUGGAUGAGAUGGUCACACGGUUACGGAAGGUGUUUAAACAGCUGGAGUUGGGUGGAUUGAACGAGUGUUUGAAGAGCUCAUCCGGCAAACCGCCGAUAGAAGACUUCCCGAAGCUGUCACGUGAUGCCUACCCAGAUCUUCGAGAUGUGACCAUCCGAUUGCAGGACAAUCAGGAGAUCAAGGCUCACAAAUGCGUUCUAAUGGCGCGGCUCGAGUACUUCAAUAUGAUGUUUAGCCAUACCUGGACGGAGAGUAAAACCGUCAAUCUGACCACCAUUCCGUUGGAGUACAUGGAACCGAUUGUGGACUUCCUGUACAAUAACGACUACCAGAAGAUUCGCGAUCAAAAGUAUUCCGAAAACUUCCUCUUCAACAUGGUGGUAAUUUGCGAUCAGUUCUUCAUCAACGAGUUGAAAUCCCUUUUCGAAGCUACGAUCGCCGAUCGCAUAAAUCUGAAGAACGUCGGAGAGCUCCUGGAGUAUGCAUUUCAGUACAACUGUGAGGUUUUGAAGAACCUCUGUAUGCAGUUCAUAAGUGUAAACUUGGCCAAGGUUUUGGAAUUGCGGUCACUUGACUGCUUGGAACCUCCGGUUCUGGCACAGAUCGACCAGUUUUACAAGGAAUUCUAUCAAUUGGCCGCCUAUCGGACUAUCACCCCAUCGGCGGAUGCCGUCUCGGACGAGGAUAUGGUCCUAUUUGUUGAAGAUUUCCACGUAGAUCUGAGUGCCAAGGUAAACGAGGUUCACACGAAAAGUAAAACUCCCAAGGGAAAAAUUACUCCAAAAAGUACAAAGAUGCAACAGGAAAAGAGGAACUACGAAAAAGAGGCAAUGAGUUACAUUCGGGAUUUGUCUUUUGAAGAAAUUCCAGUAAAGAAAACGGAAGAGAGGAAGAUUUCUAACGGAAUGAACGGACAAGAACCUGUAUUGGAUAAAGAGAUCAAAAGUUGGCAAAAAGUUGAAGAGAAGAAGGAUCCUAGGAAGAAGUCCUUGCCGGUGGCCUUAAAGGCCAACGAAAUCGUUAGAAACGAAUCCAAAGUGACGGAAAACUUCUCCAAUUUAAGAACCCUUCUGGAGAAGGGCACAUCUCCGGUAAAAGAUUUACCCUCUCCUGUCACUCCUGACAAGAAAGACGAGGGCUAUGACUCUGGUUACAGUAGCGCCCGGGUCACCACAUUCAACCUCAGCGAUUUUGCCAUCCAAAAACCGAAACUUUCACAAAAACAACGCAAGCGACUCUCUUCUACCUCAGAGAAACCGAAAGAACUGAUCCCGGUCCCCUCACCGGAAAUAACCCCUGCCAAUCCGUGGAAAAACCUCAACAAUUCCGCUGCCGACAUGUUCAAAUCGGAACCAAUCCUCAUACCGUCGCCACGUGGCAAUCGAAAGAUCAGCAACGGCAGCUACGAACCCGCUUCCUCUCUAACAAACAUCACCUCGCUUUCAAAAGGAACCCUCCCAGGAUCUUCCCCAAAGAUAACCACCGCGGCCGCGGCUGAAUCGAGCAAAACCCAGCAGAAAGAGUUCAGCAAAAUUCUCGAGGAUGAACGCCGACAGAAGCAGUACUACGAGAAGAUCAAGUCCAAAUCGUUGAUCCACACACAGAUCGAGGAACGGGCCAUCGAGGAGCUGAGGCAGUUUUACAACGUGGACAGUGUGUUUGAUGAGAACAUUACCGUGGAGCGGUAUCGGCCCAGGUCCGAUACGGCGGUGAACUUUGCCGUGUGGCAGUACCAGCACCAGCAGUAGUAGUGACGGACGGGUGUGAUGAGCAAAACAAAGUUUUGUGUUGGGUGUUAUGUAUUGCGUACUGUUGAAACAAAGGAUUAUUGCAUGUCUAGUAAUAAGACAGAAAAUGACCAUAGAGUUGAAUAAAGUUUUACUUUUUUUACUACUUAAACAAUUA